AUGCCCUUACAUAGAACACGACCAACUUUCAUUCUCUCAACACUACUGAGAUUGGCAUGCAUGGAUAACCACCUUAAAUCACCCUUAUUUGUCCUACUGCUCUGUUCUAUUGUUGCAACAGUAGCAUACCCUGCUCGCUCUGAGUCAUCUCAUCACGCACAGCCACAGCCACAGCCACAGGAUUUCCCAAAUGAGCAACUCUACCACGCCUACCUCGUCAUCCAGCGCUUCAAGAGCACCAUCACUAGCGACCCCAAGAAUGUCACCGCCACAUGGACCGGUCAUGAUCUCUGCGGAGAGACGACCUACAUGGGGUUCUAUUGCGGAUCGCCGACAGGGGAAGAUAAGAAAUUGGCCGUCACAGGAGUCAUUCUCAAUGGCUACAGUCUACAUGCACCGACACUGCAAGGUUUCGUGGAUCAGCUCCCAGACCUUGCGCUUUUCCAUGCUGCUUCCAACAAUUUUGGUGGCGAUAUCCCCCGACUCGACGGUCUUGAGUACAGGUACAAGCUCAGCGUGAGCACCGAUCCCCCACUAGAGACCCAAGAUUAUUUGGGGCAGAAAGCCACUCUCAGUGGGAAAGGAAAUGUACAACUGGGACAUUGCGUGACUGCUAACUUUGAUUUUUCUAUUAAUAUCGGUAUUAAGCGCGGUGGUAAUGGAGGCAAUAUUAUUCCUGGUGUUACGGAUGCUAAGGCUCUCCUUCUUAACAACAACAACCUGUCCGGACCACUUCCAGUUGACCUUGGCUUCUCCAAGGUGAGCUACCUCGCCCUCGCCAACAACAAGCUGAGUGGCCAAAUACCUCCAUCAAUCGGCCACUUGCAAGACUCCCUCCUCGAGGUGCUCCUCCUGAACAACCAGCUCUCCGGCUGCCUCCCGCACGAACUCGGCAUGCUCCACAAGGCUGCCGUUAUCGAUGCCGGCAUGAACCAGCUCACCGGCCCGAUCCCUGCAUCCUUCUCGUGCCUCAGCAGCGUCGAGCAGCUGAACCUUGCCGAGAACCAUCUCUACGGCCAGGUGCCCGACGCGGUGUGCAAGCUUGCCGGUCCUGCCGGCCGCCUCGCCAAUCUCGCACUGUCCGGCAACUACUUCACCUCCGUCGGGCCGGCCUGCGCGACGCUGAUCAAAGACGGCGUGCUGGACGUGAAGAACAACUGCAUUCCGGGCCUCGCCAACCAGAGGCGCCCGGCGGAGUGCGCGGCGUUCCAGAGCCAGCCAAAGACGUGCCCGGCGGUGAGCACCACCCAGGUGACAUGCCCCGCCGCAGCGCCAGGGGAGAGGAAGGUCAGGGACUACUCCAGCUACGUGACGUACGCUACUCUGCAUGACUGA